AUAAAAAGCACAGUUAGUUUACAAUAAAAACAGUUUACUUUUAAAAAAGUGAAAUUCAUUAAAAAAAACUAAGACACAAAUUAAUUACAAUGUCAACAUUAUUAUUAUUAUACGCUAUACUAUCAAUAUGCACUGUUGACCUUGCACUGGGAGGGAUUUGUCCUCCUAAUCCACGAGAUAUCUACCCGUGCACGUGUGAUGGUGUUACCAUACGCUGUAUUGCCAUCAAAAACUUUGAUCUGGAACUAGUUAUGGAAACAUUGGCUCGAAUAACAUCGCCCGGUGUCAACCCAUUUGUCAACUUUGAACUCGAGGCCAGUACUGUGGAAAUGUUGGACGACAGUGUCUUUCAUGGGGUCACCUUUCAAUACCUCAAAUUCAAUGGUAAUUCUUUGUUAACUUGUGUUAACCCAAAAGCUUUUGAGGGUAUGUCUGAAACAAUAGUUUCAUUUGAGUCAGCACUAACUAGUUUCAGUAAUUAUACUUCACGUAUUUGUGAUAUAUUUGGUGCAUUGAGUUCAAUGCAUUUAAUCAACAAAAUAUCAAUCAUUGGUUCCGGUAUUCAAAAGAUACCGGACAAUGCAUUCAAUGGCAUUUUAAAACAAAUAUAUUUAAACACCAUUGACUUUAGUGGUCAGGACCAGGGUGGAAAUAUUACAUCAAUUGGCAAACAUGCUUUUUCUAAAGUACCAAAUUUACUAAACCUAAAUUUGGCGACACAUAAAAUCAAUGAAAUUUGGAGCAAUGCUUUCCAGUUUGAGGACUGGAAUGAAAACCCAUUGACUAUAAAUUUAAGACGAAAUCCUAUGACUAAUACAACAUUUAAAGGAGCUAUGGAUACAAAUGGUCGCAUAACUACAUUGGAUUUGAGUGGUAUCCCAACAUUGAAACAAUUGCCCGAAAGUAUAUUCGAUGCCUUCCUAGAGGACAGAGGCUGGCCUUCAAACAAAAUUAUCUUAACCGGCACUCCGUGUACCGUAACUGAGGGCAACAAAUGGAUACUACAGAAUAAGGCCAAAGAGCACUUACCCGACAAACUUAUUGAUUUUAUUUGCAUUGAUGGGGAACGUAUAUUUGAGCACAGUCUCAGUGAAUUUGAUAAACCCGAUACCUUUUAUUAACAUUAACUGUCCUAUUCAUUAAUUAAUUAAAAAUAAAUUUUAAAUUAAAUAUUUUAAUAA